AUUUUUUUGGGUCAUAUUUUUAAAAGGUUGAAGAAAAAACUAUACAUGAAUGUUGGAAUGGGAUGUUACCUUGAUAAAAUCGGGGCACGUUUAUGGCGAGAGAUUUAGUUUAAAGUACUCUAAAGACGAGCCUGUGAAAAGAGGCAUGAAAGAAGUAUGCAGGGAUCGUGGCAAGUGGACACGUAUGGAUGUGUCCGGUAGGCACGACUGACGGGCAGAUCCGUCGGGCAUAUUUUUGUAGCAUUUUUUAAAGUGAAUUUUUUUUACUAAAAUAAAUUAUGCAAUUUAGCAGUAUUUUCUGUUGUCUCCUCCCAAUCAACUAAAUAUUUGAACAAUUAUAGGAUGACCUCUACCAUUGGGCAAUUAGUUAUUCAUUUUAUACGCUAACGCCUAAAACAACGUGCUGGAUGAAGCGAUAGAAGAAUGCAUGGGCCGUACAAAAAUGUUAUCUCUGCCUUCCCCAUCGGGAAAAAAUAUGUGAGCCGAAUGUGAUUGGCGUACAAACAACACACGCCUCUGUCACCUCCUUUUAAAAUGACUCGAAGAGGAAUCAGCAACGAGUUUAUUGACCCUUUGACAAGUGACAAGACUACUAAACAUCAGUGUUGUCAUCUUAAAACAUUCGGCGCGAAAUCUUGCAAUUAUUAUUUAGCGGUCAGCGAUCGAAAUAAUUGACUGGCGGCGAAUAUUUUAUCUGAGGUUUUUACUUUCCAAUAAUAUGCUCCCGAAGCAUGACACCCGCGACGCCGUUUUUAUCGCACGAAAACGGGACGACGAUAAUUUUUCGCGUGACAAAAGUUGCGAUGCUUGUGCCUUGCUACAGAGUCUGACAUUUUAAGAUUUUAUAGAGAAAAAUUGGAAUGUAAAAACAGAAGGUGCGAAAAAAAUUCGUUGAGGAAGUAAUAUUUAUUCAAACUAUGUACUAAUUGCCGACGAAUUAAUUAAUGUUUUACCUACUCGAGUAAAUUGUCUAUAUUGUUAAUAAAAAGAUAGUGUUAUGAAAUCAUAGCCAUUAAUCAACGUUAUAGCAAUCUACCGUUUUAUUAUUUUUAGGUCUUAUUUAGCGCUUUUUCAUCAGAAACAGUUGGCAGUGCAAAUUACACCCAACCAACGGUAGAUGCCGGAAUAUUUACCAUUUUUCAUUGAAUGAAAUAAAACAAUAAAUAAACUGUGAGUUAAGCCCAAAUUGAAGAUAAUUAACUUGGUUUUUAAAGAUCUCAGUGUAAGGUGACUUUGCAGGAAUCUGUGACGCGAUGGACCGUGCUGAUGGUCAGUGCGGAUCUCUGACCAGCACGGCGGAUCUUCCACUGCCUGUUAAAAUAGAGAUUGAGUUAGAACCGGAUGUGGAUGCUUAUAUAAAAAAUGAACCAUAUGACUCUCAACAGUCCCCGACCGAGUCUUUCAUGAACAUCCAUGAUGUGAAAUUCGAAGCUGACGAAGAGGACCCCCUGAGAGUGGUGAAGGGAGAGACAGAUUAUAAAGAGGGGGACGAAGGGACAGAAGAUGCCGCUUCAGAUGACUCAUCCGGCGCUGAAACACUGACACCAGCCGAAGAAAUCGAAACCAAACGAAAAAAGCGCGAUUUUCGAGUCAAGUCAUCGAGCCAGAGUGGUCAGGGGCCGUACCAAUGCGACGUUUGUCAGAAAAGUUUUAUGAGAACCGACAGCUUGAGCCUUCAUUACAGGAUCCACACGGGCGAGAAACCAUACGGAUGUGACAUGUGCCAUUUGAGAUUCAGAAUCAAGAAUCAUCUGACGAUCCACCGCAGAAUUCACACAGGUGAGAAACCGUUCGAAUGUGCCGUCUGUCACAUUCGAUUCGGUCAGAUGAGCAACUUGACAGUACACUUGAGAACUCACACCGGCGAGAAACCUUACAAAUGUGAUAUAUGUCAACGCAGGUUCGUCGAGAAGAGCGCACUGAACGUUCAUCUGCGCAUCCACACGGGUGAGAAACCCUACGAAUGUGAUUUGUGUCACAGUAAGUUCAUACAGAACAGCAAUCUUGUGACGCACCGCAGAACGCACACGGGCGAGAGGCCUUAUCAAUGCGACGUGUGUGAGAAACGUUUUAUAAAUAAGAGUUAUUUGUCGAAGCAUCAGAGACUUCAUACUGGUGAGAAACCGUUCGAAUGUGAUGUGUGUCAUAGCAAGUUCAGUCGGAAGAGCAAUCUGGUGAACCACAGGAGGACCCACGGCGAGGAAAAGCCGCACAAGUGCGAGGUGUGUCAACGUCGCUUCUAUUACAGUUCGUCUUUGAAGCGGCAUUCGCUUCGUGAUCACAAAAAGCUGGGUAAAAAGCAAAAGUAGUGUAGCAAGAGCGAUGAUUAUGGCUCGACCGCCACUAGGGAAGAUCUUCCGCCAGGCUCGGUGUGAUCUGAUGACUGGGGAACAGCGCGACAGACGAUGUUGAGUCGGAGGUCGUAUUUAUGCUCAAAAACAUGAAAUCUGUAAUCGCGAUUGAGAUUCUUCGCUGCUAUUGGCUGAGCGCGUCAAUUCCUUAGCAACGAUUGACAGUUGUGUGAUUAUCUGUUGUGACGUGUGGCGUAGAGAUGUCGCCACAGUAGUUUUUUUUAAAUCGUUGCGUGUCCACUCCUGAUAAGUUCUGGGAAAUAGAUAAGAUGGCGCUGUCGGUAGACAAAAGAUGUAGUCUUUGCCUACCUCUCGGGGGAAGAGGCGUGGAUAUCAUUCACGAGGAACAUACAUAUCGAAUUUCAAUUUCGUUCUAUCUUUUAUUGUAUACUAGCGACCCGCCCCGGCUUCGCACGGGUGCAAAAUUCGGAAAAAAUUAUACAUAAAAACUUUCCUCUUGAAUCACUCUAUCUGUUACAAAAAACCGCAUCAAAAUCCGUUGCGUAAUUUUAAAGAUUUAAGCAUACAGACAAACAGACUAAAAUAGCGACUUUUUUUUUUUUUAUUGAUAAAACUCGUGAACAGUCGAAUAAGUAAUUUAUAUUUGAAGUGACAAAACAAAAUAUAAAAGAAAAUGUAUACUUAAAAAGUUUGUAAUAAUAAAUAGUUAUAAAUAGUUAACAAAAAUUAUAUUUAUU